AUGUCGGUCAAAAACGCCCAUGACCCCUUCGCAACGCCCCUCGAGACCCUCCACCACGACCCUCUCGCAGAGACCGCUGGACUCAAGGCCGACUACGACAAGCGCGCCUACGGUGAAGCGAACCCCGGCCUCGUCGGCACGCUCGAAAAGGAUGACAUCGCCAACCGUCCCAUCGAUGCCGUCGAAGAGGUGCCCACCACCAGCGUCCGCAAGUGGUGGGUCCGCCUCACAUGGUUCACUACCUGGUGGAUCCCUUCCUUUGCGCUCGCAAAGUGCGGCGGCAUGAAGCGUCCCGACGUGCAGAUGGCCUGGCGCGAAAAGUUCACCAUCUGCGCCAUCAUCUUUUGGCUCUGCGCCAUCAUCCUCUUCUACAUCAUCGGCUUCGGCCGUCUCCUCUGCCCAGACUACGACAAGGCUUGGAACGAGUCUCAGCUCAGCCAGCACGCAGGUCAGGACGACUACUACGCCGCCAUCCGCGGCACCGUCUACGACUUCACCAAGUUCUACAAGGGCGACCACUCGGACAUCACCAACCUCCAGACCAGCUCCGACCUCAUGCUCCAGCUCGCAGGCCAGGAUCUCACCGAGUACUUCCCCGUGCCCCUCACCGUAGGCUGCCAGUCGCUCGUCUCCGACACCUCGCUCGCCCUCCAGCCCACCGCCAACAACACCCCCGCCAUCUCCCAGGCCGUCCACACCUCGGGCCCGCUCCAGCCCGACGCCUCCUCCAAGCUGCACGACAUCGAAUGGUACCCCGAGCGCUUCCUCCCCUUCACCAAGAAGCUCAAAAAGGGCUACUACGUCUACUCCAAAAAGUCGAUCGAGGACCAGGGUCAGUACAGGAAUUGGGCCGUCGUCAACAGCAAAGUCUACGACAUCUCGGACUACCUCAACACCCUCAACGUCUACCAGACCAACGCCGCCUACGAUUUCCUCGACUCGUCGCUCGUCGCGCUCUUCAAGAGUCAGGCGGGCCAGGACAUCACCGCCGACUUUACCGAGGUCAUGGCCGGCUUCAACACCACCUACCGCGGCGCCACCCAGGCCUGCCUCGACAACGUCUUUUACGUGGGCAAGACCGACUUCCGCAACACGGCGCGCUGCGAGGUGCAAAACUACCUCCUGCUCGGCUUCUCGGUGCUCCUCGUCGCCACGGUGCUCGCCAAGUUCAUCGCGGCGCUCCAGCUCGGCACCAAGCGCACGCCCGAGCAGCAGGACAAGUUUGUCAUCUGCCAGGUGCCCUGCUACACCGAGUCCGAGGACGAGCUGCGCAAGACCAUCGACUCGCUCGCCGGCCUCGAGUACGACGACAAGCGCAAGCUCCUCUUCCUCAUCUGCGACGGCAUGAUCGUCGGCAGCGGCAACGACCGCUCCACGCCGCGCAUCGUGCUCGACAUCCUCGGCGUCGACCCCAAGAUCGACCCCGAGCCGCUCAUGUUCAAGUCCGUCGCCGAAGGCUCCAAGCAGCUCAACUACGCCAAGGUCUAUUCGGGCCUGUACGAGUUUGAGGGUCACGUGGUCCCCUACAUUGUCGUCGUCAAGGUGGGCCGUCCCAGCGAGCGCUCGCGUCCCGGCAACCGCGGCAAGCGCGACUCGCAGAUCCUGCUCAUGCGCUACCUCAACCGCGUCCACUUUGACGCGCCCAUGUUCCCGCUCGAGCUCGAGAUGUACCACCAGAUGAAGAACGUCAUCGGCAUCGACCCCGCAUUCUACGAGUACAUCCUCAUGGUCGACGCCGAUACGCGCGUCGAGGCCGACGGUCUCAACAGGCUGGUGGCCAACUGCGCCGACGACUCGCGCAUCAUCGCCAUCUGCGGCGAGACCACGCUGGACAACGCCGAGGGCUCGUGGUGGACCAUGAUCCAGGUGUACGAGUACUACAUUUCGCACCACCUCGCCAAGGCGUUCGAGUCGCUGUUUGGCAGCGUCACGUGUCUGCCCGGUUGCUUCUCGCUCUACCGCAUCCGCAGCUCGGACAAGGGCCGACCGCUGUUCAUCUCGAACCGCAUCAUCGACGACUACUCGGAGAACCGCGUGGACACGCUGCACAAGAAGAAUCUGCUGCAUCUGGGUGAGGAUCGAUAUCUGACGACGCUGGUGCUCAAGAACUUCCCCGCCUUCCGCACCAAGUUUGUGGCGGACGCCAAGGCGCUCACCAGCGCGCCCGAGCGAUUCGGGGUGCUGCUGUCGCAGCGUCGACGAUGGAUCAACUCGACGGUGCACAACCUGGCCGAGCUGGUGCUCAUGCCGGAGCUGUGCGGAUUCUGCCUGUUUUCGAUGCGCUUCAUCGUGUUUAUCGAUCUGCUGGGCACGGUGAUCCUGCCUGCGACGGCGGUGUAUCUGGUGUAUCUGAUCAUCACGGUGGCGACGCGCACGGCGGCCAUCCCGUACAUCUCGAUUGCCAUGAUUGCGGCGGUGUACGGAUUGCAGGCGAUCCUGUUCCUGCUCAAGCGCCAGUGGCAGUACAUUGGAUGGCUGAUCAUCUACAUCCUGGCGUACCCGGUGUUUUCGUUUUUCCUGCCCAUCUACUCGUUCUGGCACAUGGACGACUUUUCGUGGGGCAACACGCGUAUCGUUGUGGGCGAGAAGGGCAACAAGAAGAUUGUGGCGGGCACGGACGACGAGCCGUACGACGACACGAUGAUUCCGGUGAAGCGGUUCAGCGAGUACCAGCGCGAGGUGUGGGAGGAGGGAGCGGCGCCGUCGGUGCGCUCGGGCAUGACGGGCGCGAGCGGGCCGUUUGGCAACUCGCAGGCGAUCCUGCACAGCGGACCGCCGAGCCUGUACAAGGCGGGGAGCGCGUAUGCGGGCAGUGCGGCGGGGUCGGAGUACGGGCAGCCGUUGGGCGGGGGCGACUACUACCAGAACACCAACGUGCUGGCGCGGCCGGCGCACUCGCGACAGGCGUCCGGAGCGGCGCUGUCGCAGAUGGGCGGCAUGGGCGGCAUGGGCGGCGGAUCGCAGGUGUUUGCGGGCACGCCGAGCAUGUACGGCAUGCCGGGGAUGGGCUCGAUGUACGGCAUGCCGAGCUCGUCGGCGUCGAUGUACGGCAUGCCUGGCAUGGUGAACCCGACGGCGUCGAUGUACGGGAUGCCGCCGAUGAUGCCCAAUCCGCUGGCCAUGACGCAUUCACCGGCUGGGUCGGACAUUGGCUUGACCAUGCCGCUCUCGCAACAAAACACGGGCAGCAACAUCUGGGCGCAGCAGCAGCAGCCGCAGCAGCCGCAGUCGCCGCAGUCGCCGCAGCAGCAGMAGGAGAUGCGACCGGUUUCGACGUACUCGACGCUGAACGCGGCGAAUCCGUUUGCAGCAGCGCACGUGCCGCGAGCGCUUCCGGUGAACGAGGCGUCGGAUCCGACGGACGAGGAGAUUCGGGCGGCGGUGCAGACGUAUCUGGCGUCGCAGGCGAGUCUGAUGAGCGUGACCAAGCGCUCGGUGCGCGAGGCGCUCGUGGCAGCGUUCCCCAAUGCCGAGCUGUCGUCCAAGAAGCAGAUGAUCAACAAGGCCAUCGACGCCACGCUCUCGGGCGGUGCGCAGGCCUAA